AUGUCCAACUCCUCCUUCACCUGGAGUCCAGACAAGCAACGCGUGGUGGUAUGGACUGCGGUGGUGCCGACAAUUUUUUCUCUUGUAUCCGCAAUCGUCGUCCUGGCUCUGGCGCUCGUGGUAUGGCGCAGCCCUAAGACACGGCCGCCUCCUGGCAGGCAGACUCUGCGGAUGCUCCUCUGGGUACAGCUCAUGAGUCUGGCGUAUAGUGGCACCUAUCUUGGGGAGGUACUCAUCACGGGUCCCACAAAAUGGUGCGAUGCCAUCAUCAUCAUCGCUCUGUUUUCUAACAACUUCAUCAACUUCAUGAUCAUGCUCAUUCCACUUCACCUACAACUCGUGCUCGUCCACAGUGUCCGCACGGACGGUUUCGUGCAUUGGUACCUCGUCAUCUCCCUUGCGGCGUCCACCAUGACGGCGCUCCCUGGGUGCAUAACGCGCAUCUGGGGAUGGGAUCCCGAGACGCUUAUCUGCUGGAUCUCCGCCACCAACCCGCGCUCGCGCACCGCCUGGGAGGUCGGUGCGUCCUACGCGUGGUUCGUCAUCUCCACCGCCGUCGCGAGCGUUUCAACCAUCGUGGUCCUCGCACAUCUGGUUAAGCACGCGCGGAGCAAGGUGGUUCGCUGUGAGGUGACUCUGGGUAACAGCGUGUCAGCGGGAAAUGCGAAUGCCAGUUCCAGACGACGGCACAGGGGGACCUCGGUCGUGGGCAAUGCGAGCAUUGCCAGAAGAGCAGCAUGGAGAAUCCUGUUUUACCCCGUUGUCCUGGUCGUCGUCAAUACCAUAGCCGUCGCGGCGGACUUCCUCGUCACGCGCGACGGUGGGAUCAGCGCAUACGGGACAUACGCUGUCUGGGUCGCGAGCGGGGCUAUGUACGGGUUCCUACCGGGGGCGUAUGCAGCUAUCAUUUUGUUCAUCGAUCCUUCUUUCUCUUCGGCCCUGCGCACGCUUUUCGCCUCGCAGAAGCGCGAGUCUCUGGACUCACUCGAAAUGGGUUCCAGAGCGCCCCGCACUUGACCGCUACUACGCUGAAUGCUCCAGCUAACUUGGCUGGGAACGGGGGUCGAGCAUCAGGCGGCCACCAAAAAUUCUAGCUCCGGGAAAUAUCUCUACCAUUGAAGGAGACGGAGACUGGCCCGCAGGAUCUGCUGCCCUCAGCUGUUUGGUGGCCGAGGGGCGGGAAUCCUGCGUUCCAUACCGCUUCAAUGACGAGACGCGGUAGAUCUUUGGAAUAUUUCCUUGUUGUUCUUGAUGUGGUUAUCUUGGAAGGCUACUGUACAUGCACGAGCUAUAAUAUGCGGACCACCCUAAUACAAUAUUUUACUCCCUCCA